UUUACAACAUCCUGAAAAACCACGGCCGUGAGAUUGAGAACCCCCGUGAUGUGUUACUCAGGGUUGGUCAGAUGGCCUUCAGAGGAGUGUCCGAGAGGAAGAUUGUGUUUACAGAUGGAGAUUUGAUCAAGUACAAUCUGCAGCCUUCCCAAUUCCUGUCUGGAUUCCUGAUGGAGCUUUUGGAGAGAGAGGAUUCUGCCCGGUGUGUGGUGUACACAUUCCCACACCUCACCAUCCAAGAGUUUGUAGCUGCAGUCGCACAAUUCCUGAAACCACAUCCCGGGGAUAUCCUUAAAUUCCUCACUGAAGUCCACAACACGACAGAUGGGCGAUUUGAGGUUUUUCUCCGUUUUGUUGCUGGUCUCUCCUCCCCAAUGACAGCUCGGGGCCUGGAGGAGUUUCUGGGUCCAUUUCCUCAUCAAACGACCUGCCGGGUGAUUGACUGGGUGAACGAGGAGAUUAAACGCCAGAGUGGAAACACAUGGAGUGAAGCUGGUAAAAGGAGCCUCUUGAACACAUUACACUACCUGUUUGAGUCUCAGAAUCGUGGACUGGCUCAGGCCGCACUGGGAUCUGUGGAAACACUUCCAUUCAGUGAAAUGACACUGACCCCGAUUGACUGCGCGGUCCUGUCUCAUGUCUUCGGACUCUGUGAUACAAUAAAACAGCUCGACCUGGAGAUCUGCCACAUUAAGUAUGAGGGAAUACAGCGGCUGGGACCUGGGUUGCACAAGUGCCAGGAGUUGAGACUAGGUGGUAAUAAACUGGGAGAUUCAGGAGUGAAACUGGUGUCUGCGGCUCUGAGGAACCCGGAGUGUAAAAUACAGAAACUGUGGCUGAGGGAUGUUGGUCUCAUGGACUCUGGUGCCGAGGAUUUCGCCUCCGCUCUCAGUACAAACACAUCACUGACGGAGCUGAACCUGGGUGGUAAUCAACUGGGAGAUUCAGGAGUGAAACUGGUGUCUGUGGCUCUGACGAACCCGGAGUGUAAAAUACAGAAACUGUGGCUGGAGUUUGUCGAUCUCACAGAUUCUGGUGCUGAAGAUCUCGCCUCCGCUCUCAGUACAAACCCAUCACUGAAGGAGCUGGACUUGGGAUUCAACUUGCUGACAGACCGAUCUGUCCCCGCUCUCCGCCGCCUCAUACUGACCCUCCCGAAUCUGGAGCAGAUUGUGCUGUGGUGGAAUCGGUUCAGUGAGACCGGGAGGAAGGAAGCGGGAUCUCUGCGGAGAGUCAGACCCAGACUGAGAGUGUAUCUGUGAACAGCUGGAAGUGUGAACAUCACCACCCGGGGCUUAGGUACACUUUGGCCGAUUCCCUGCCCUCUAACUCCCCCCUCCAAUUUAACACCCGCCCUCCCCUUUAACUCCUGCCAUUACCUUUAAUGACUGCGCGCCGGGGUAAUUCCCAACGGUUUUAACGGAACCAGCUCCAGUCUUGCGCUCGGUUACAUCGGAUGCGGUCCCGCAGUGACGUAUUUCCGCCUGUUGUCCUGCAGCACAGCUUCCGCUGGAUAUGCAGGUUUGUGACUCCCUCUCGUGAGACCCCGGGGAAUUACACAGACAGGAAGGGCCCAGGGGCAGGGGCUCAGUCUGGGACACCAGUGUCCCGGGGUGGGAUUAUCCCAGGAGAGAAUCCUUUUGCUCCCUUUGCUGAAGACAGUGCAUUCUGCAGCCUGGCCGAUAUAAUGAUGUUAAAUUGACAAAUCCCUCAGGAGUGACCCUGGAUCUGUAGCGAUCUCGGUCACUGUCCUGAAGUGUGAUUUUAUAAACAUCGGUUCCCCGAUGCAGAGUGACGGUGAGAAACGGGACUGAUUAUUCAAACUGUCACUCGUUGCCACUGGUCGGUUAAUUGUGUGACUGUGAGUGAGUCAGGAGCAGCUUAUUUAUACCCGCACGUCAGCAGCUCACACAUCGUUUAAUUUACAUUUGUCAUGAUCAAACCAAUAAACCGCUGUAACUUCCUGUCCUGG